AGCUUCUAGAAAGGUAGGGGUUAUAGGCUGGCCGGCAGGCUGUGCCCCUCAAGCUGGACCGACGGGAAAGAAGGAAGUAGUUAAAAAAUCUCACAGAAGAAGUCAGCCUGAGUGGUGCUGCCUCCUGGGAAGCCACCAGCCAUGACGCUCUUCUUGCUCGCCUUCCUGCUCGCUUUCUUUCCAGGGGCCUCCACAAAAAGUCCCAUAUUUGGUCCGGCCGAGGUGAGUAGUGUGGAAGGAAACUCAGUGUCCAUCAAGUGCUACUACCCAAACACCUCUGUCAACCGGCACACUCGCAAGUACUGGUGCCGGCAGGGAGCCAGUGGCCACUGCAUGACUCUCAUCUCCUCGGAAGGCUUCGUCUCUAAAGACUACGCAGGCAGAGCCAACCUCACCAACUUCCCCGAAACCAGCACAUUCGUGGUGAACAUCACUCAGCUAAGCCGGGAUGACUCUGGGAGCUAUAAGUGCGGCCUGGGUGUCAAUGGUCGAGGCCUAUCUUUUGAUGUAAGCCUGGAGGUCAGCCACGCUCCUGAGCUCGAUGACACUCACGUCUAUACAGAGGACGUGGGAAGAACAGUGACCAUCAGCUGCCCUUUCAAACGUGAGAAUGCUAAGAACAAAAAGUCCCUGUGCAAGAAGACAGGGCAGGUCUGCGAUGUAGUGGUCGACUCCAUUGGGAAUACCAGCCCCAGCUACAAGGAUAGAAUAACACUUUUUAUUCAAGGAACCAGUCAAACCGAAUUCAAAGUCAUCAUCAACCACCUGAGGCCCAGUGAUGCUGGGAUGUAUGUCUGCAAGGCUGGGGAUGGGUCCAGUGCUAACACAAAGAACAUUGACCUCCAGGUGUUAGAGCCUGAACCAGAGCUGGUUUAUGGGGAUCUAAGGAGCUCAGUGACCUUUGACUGUGCUCUGGGCCCAGAGAUGGCCAAUGAGGCCAAAUUUUUCUGCCAGAUGAGCAAGGAAGGCACCUGUGAUGUGAUCAUCAACACUCUAGGGCAGAGGAAUCCAGCCUUUGAGGGCAGGAUCUUGCUCACACCCAAGGAAAACAAUGGUCGCUUUAGUGUGCUGGUAACAGGCCUGAGGAAGGAAGAUGCAGGGCGCUAUCUGUGUGGUGCCCACCCUUCGGGUCUGCUGGAGGAAGGUUGGCCCAUCCAGGCGUGGCAGCUCUUCGUCAAUGAGGAGACCACAAUGCCUCAGACUCGCUCUGUGGUGAAGGGUGUGGAAGGAGGUUCUGUGUCCGUGCUCUGCCCCUACGACCCUAAGGAAAGCAACAGCCUGAAGUACUGGUGCCGCUGGGAGGGGAUUCAAAAUGGCCGCUGCCCACUGCUGGUGGAGAGCCAGGGACUGGUUCAGGAUCAGUACGAGGGCAGGCUGGCACUGUUUGAAGACCCAGGCAAUGGCACCUACACGGUCAUCCUCAAUAAGCUCACCAGCCAGGAUGCUGGCUUCUACUGGUGCCUGACCAAUGGCGGUUCUCGCUGGAGGACGACAACAGAGCUCAAGGUUGUUGAAGGAGAGCCAAGCCUCAAGGUACCCAAGCAGGUGACCGCUGUACUGGGAGGGAGCGUCACGAUCCCCUGCCAUUUCCCAUGCAAGUUCUACUCCUAUGAGAAAUACUGGUGCAAGUGGAGCAAUAGGGGCUGUCAGGCUCUGCCCAGCCAAGAAGAGAGACCUAAAGCUGCCUCUGUGGGCUGCGACCAGAACAGCCGGCUCGUCAACCUGACCCUGAACCCAGUCUCCAAGAAGGAUGAGGGCUGGUAUUGGUGUGGGGUGAAACAGGGCCACACCUAUGGAGACACUGCAGCUGUGUAUGUGGCGGUUGAAGAGACAGCAGAGGGAUCCCGUGAUGUCUCCCAAGUGAACACAAAUGCUGCUCCUAAGGUGAAGGUGGCAGAGCCCGGUGCCAGGGAGCUGACCCCGGAUAACACAGCUAUUGUGAAUCCCAGGCUUAAUGUCGAAGAAACAGUGCUGGAGGAGAGAGGAGACCAAGCCCAGGAAGGCAGGGCAUCUGCAGGGGCUGGCAGCUCGGAGGGACAUGGCAGGAGCUCCCAAGUGCUGCUCUCUACUCUGGUGCCUCUGGGCCUGGUGCUGACCGUGGGUGCCAUCACUGUGUGGGUGGCCAGAGUCCGGCACCGGAAGAAUGUGGACCGGAUUUCACUCCAAAGCUACAGGACAGACAUUAGCAUGGCAGACUUCAACAACUCCAGGGACUUCGGUGGCAAUGACAACAUGGGGGCCUCAUCAGUCACUCUAGAGACAGAUCUUGAAGCAAAACGUGAGCUGGAGACCACCACCAAGGUCCCCGAGGACCCUGAAGAACCCAAGAAAGCGAAAAGGUCGUCCAAGGAGGAAGCCGACAUGGCCUACUCAGCUUUCCUGUUCCAGUCCAACAACAUUGCUGCCCAGCUGGAAGACGGCCCCAGGGAAGCCUAGAAGCACCAGCCGCCCGCCCUGAGCAUGCCAGUCACCUUCAGAAUCACGUUGAUCUAGUCACAGCUUGCACUCACCCCUCGUUUAGGCUUUUCCUACCCGUGUGCUGUGUGCUGUGCUGGUCCCUUCCGCAGUGGCAUCAAAGCCUCACCUGAUUAUUCCCAUUGGGGAUGGGGUGUGGGGAGAGCAGUUCCCACCUGCAGCUUAUUAUGUUGAGAGAACGGAAGGUGGGGAGAAAUAUUCAGCUCUUGGGGGAG